AAUGGGCAGCAAAACCUUGCCAGCGCCAGUGCCCAUCCACCCGUCCCUGCAACUCACCAACUAUUCCUUCCUUCAGGCAGUGAACGGCCUGCCCACAGUGCCCUCGGACCACCUGCCCAACCUGUAUGGUUUCAGUGCACUGCACGCUGUGCACCUGCACCAGUGGACCCUGGGCUACCCCGCCAUGCACUUGCCGCGUUCCUCUUUCUCCAAAGUGCCGGGUGCUGUAUCCAGCCUGGUGGAUGCACGCUUCCAGCUGCCUGCUUUUCCCUGGUUCCCUCAUGUCAUUCAGCCCAAGCCGGAGAACACCACUGGAGGCAGUGGCACUGCAGCUCUUAAGACCAAGCCACGUUUUGAUUUUGCCAACCUGGCUUUAGCCGCCACGCAAGAAGACCCAUCCAAGCUUGGCAGAGGGGAGGGCCCAGGCUCCCCUGUGGGUGGGCUAGGUGCCCUCCUGGAUGUGACCAAGCUGUCUCCAGAAAAGAAACCCACAAGAGGACGCCUCCCUUCCAAGACCAAGAAGGAGUUCGUCUGCAAGUUCUGUGGCCGCCACUUCACCAAGUCCUACAACCUACUAAUUCAUGAGCGGACACACACUGAUGAGCGCCCCUACACCUGUGACAUCUGCCACAAAGCCUUCCGGAGGCAAGACCACCUAAGGGAUCACAGAUAUAUUCACUCCAAAGAGAAGCCCUUCAAGUGUCAAGAGUGCGGAAAAGGAUUUUGCCAGUCCAGGACUCUCGCUGUCCACAAGACGCUACACUCACAGGUGAAGGAGCUUAAAACGUCCAAGAUCAAAUGCUAAAUAAAGCCAUCAGGUGCGCAGAACCCAGGGUCACACCGCCCCCUUCUCCAGAAGGACUUGAAGACUAAGGCGGCUCUGGCGGUCAGCGGGAGGGGCUCCUGGGACCUUCUUUCACCCAAAAUAAUACAUCCUGGGUCCCGGCGCAGGCAGCACUCCAGAGCCCUGCUCCGAGUGGUGACUCUGGCCACCCAGGCGGAUCCCCCAGGACUUGGCUAAACUCUUGGCCAAAAGGCGGUAUGCACGUGGCGGAAGGGAAACUGCAUUAAAAAAAAAAAGGAAGAAGAACGAAAGAUCCGCAGAGCCGCAACGGCGACUCUCCCCAAAGUAUUACUUUUUCUAUUGUUAUUUUAUACGUUUUCUUUU